ACAUCACCUUGGCCCUCAUCGACUCUGCGCAAACCCCCACCAACGCUCAAAGACACACAUCGAUCGCCAACGAGCUCUCAGCGCGCAGAUAGGCUCCUGCAACUCGCGCAAAGGCAUUGCUACGUUAUCUCCGUCGCGGCUGUAAAGAGGACCGGCCCUCAACUGCAUGAUUUGACCAGACUACAGUUGCGCGAGUGUGCGCCCGCAGCUUCCACAAUGAAGAAAUCCAAGGGCAAGACCGCUGGCGGGUUUGCAUCCGGUGGCUCGUCAGCAUUUGGUGCUUUCCCUGGCCCAGGGUCUGGAUUUGGCGCAUCUGGAGGUUCCAGCUCCCUUUCAUAUCUCACGGAGCCCCCCUCUCUUCAUGCCAUCUCCGACCCUAACGUUGUCGUCUCUCUGAAGAACGUCUUGAAGAAGGACCCCACAACCAAGAGCAAGGCUCUUGAAGAGCUCGUAGCCUAUGUGCAGGCUCAUCCUUUUGAGAAGGAUGGCGGUGUCGAGGAUGCUGUCUUGGACGUCUGGGUACAGGUGUACGCACGAACCUCUAUCGACAACUCUCGCCGUGUUCGGGAGCUCGCCCACAAUCUGCAGCUCGAGCUGAUGAAGUCUGCUCGAAAGCGGAUGGAGAGGCAAAUACCCAGUGUCGUGGGUGCAUGGUUGGCGGGGCUUUAUGACCGAGACCGGGUCGUUGCUCGAGCAGCCAACGAUAGCCUCUCCUCCUUUCUCACGACCCCCGAGAAAGUGGUGGCGUUUUGGAGGAAGUGCCAAGCUCAGAUCUUGGAUUUUGCUACAAGUGCCAUUCAGGAAACGGAAGAUACGCUAAGUGAUGAAAGGUCAACUACGAAGGAAGACUCGGAGGCAAAAUAUGCCAGGGUGGUAACGGCCAGCCUGUCUCUGGUUCUUGGCCUUCUCCAGAAGGUGGAGAGUGCUGAUAUCGAAAAGUUCCGUUCCCAAUACGACGAGUACUUCUCACACGAUAGUGUAUGGAAGGGAAUCACAUCUGGUGAUGCAUCUGUUAGGAAGACCGUCUGUCAGCUCUUUUUUGUUUGCUUAGACCGGAAACUCCCCUAUUCGGACGAACCAAAGGCGAGACAAGCCAUCGUAACUGGCGGUCUCCGUACAAAUCAGCUUGGAUCUGCGUUGGAAUAUGUUCGAGCCCUUACCAAGCUUACACAGGCAGACCCUAAUAUUUGGGUUUCCUCCGGAGAAAAGAAAACCCCCCUCACAAGACUGAACGCCUUCAUCGCUAAAGGCUCUCAAGGUAGCAUUGCCAAGUUUUGGGAAUUUUUGGAUCAACUGUUGAGCAUUAUGCCCACUUCUACCCUCGGACUCGAAGGUUCUUCCACGCUUCUAGCAUCUUUGCUGUCUGGAGUUACGAACCGGGAUGAGCCUCGGACCAACACCUCUUUUGCCUGGAAGUGUUUUAUCGAUACCGCGAAGAGGCUCUUGCAGUCGUUGGGGGGUGAAGACCAGCUAGCCUUUGGAAAGAAACACAUCUUCCCUCUUUUCGAACAGUUUCUUUUCGCCGUCUCAGAAAAGCCAAACUCAAUACCCCUUGGACCAAAUGCAAUGUCUAUUUUUGUGGACGCAUACAUCUUCCUUUCAAAGGCAGACCCGUUGCUUUCCUCCGAAUUCUCCCAGGAAUGGGAAAACUACGCUACGAGGCUGUCUGAGAAUAUCUCCAACUCGCUACCAGAGGUUUCUAAAGAAUUUGAGGCAUCACAGGAGAAGAUUGGGGAAGAAGGCAGACGGUGGUUUGGCCUCGUUGGGCAAAUAUAUCAGAAGACACACGAGCUGGGUGAAACUGAGGUCGACCACACCAAGGCUGCAUCCGAACAGGUCAUUUCUCAAUCCAUUUCGCUCCUGGAGAAGCGUAGCCUCAAACCAUUCGGAGCCGCGCGGAUUGUUGAAUACGCUCUCAGCACUGCUCCUCACCUUUUCAACAGCGAAAAGUGGACUGAAGUGUCUAACUUGCUUCUUUCCGUGGGCGGGGAGAAUAUAACUCAAGUGAUUGAGUCACCGUCCUCCCGGUAUCUAUUUUCUUGGCUUCGCCUUUUGGGGCCAUUUGCCUCGAGGGAACAAGAUUUUGCGCAGCUUUGGAACACCUGGCUCAGCGCUAUUCUUGGUUUGCCCUCAGGACCAAUAAACGAUGGUGCGCUUGCUUCACUACUCUCACAUGAGAAGGCGUCUGAGUUGGCUAGGAGAAGAAAGGAGCUACAGGAUGCGAUUGUUACAAGAGCUCUGGCAUCCGUCAUGAGCGAAUCAGGUUCCUGGGAUCUCCUUGAAACCGCCGUAACAUACAGUGCCGUCGAUGAUAUUUCUUACGAGAUAAUUGCGAAGAAGGCUUUGGGGUUUCUGGAACAAAGUAAGCACAACGAAAGAGCGCUCAAAGCUUUGGAAAUCCUAGUCAAGGGCCGACCACAACUAUUCUCCGAAAAUGAGGAACUCCACACUGCCUUGGUAGCUCAGCUGCUCAGACUCUCCGAGAUUGGUGAAGGCCAGAUCUCCGGACAGGCCUCUACGAUUCGGCAGCUUCUCGACGGCCAUUCAGAUGGCAAGUUGCCUGUUAUGAGUAUCAUCCAAGCCAAUCUUGACCGUGCUGGUCCACAAGCACUUGGGAUCGAGACAGUGCUCCAGCAAGCUAAGAAUGCACCGAGUUCGCAGGCAGAAGAUCUGUUCCCUAGCACUCUGGUUUGGACUAAAGAACUACAGAGGCUAUUUGAGCGACCCAUUGACCCAUCGCUGUCCAUCACGAGCAAUGUCGGAGCUUCUGUAGCCUUGAUCCAGAACAAAACCGAGGAGACUUUGCCUGGACAGUUGCAGCGUGAUCGACAGGGCCGCUCUGUUCCUGUGAGGAUGGCACUCUACCUCAACAGCAUGCUUCAAGAGAGCCAAAUCUUCUCAAAAUUACCUGAGCAAUUCCAGGUUGAGCUCCUUAGUCUCCAGUGCGUCACGGUACAACUCGUUUCUGAUCAAAUCACUCUAAUGUCUGAAAAUGGCCCCUGGGCCAGUUUGAAACCCCGAAAAGCCACGGCUGAAGCCGAGGAGCUCAUAUCUUCCUUCAGAAGCACUCUCAACUCUCAGUUUGUUCCCAAAUCUGGAGAAGAUGUCUCUGCCGCUUUCCUGCGACUUUUAGAUUUACUGAUGAGCCAGGCUAAGGCAUUGACCGCUCGUGGUUUCUACACAUCUCGGGCGCUUUACGAACUUGUGCAGUCAUGGGUUGAAGCCCAAACUGUGACCGAGCUCAUGGAAGAGAAGUUGCUCAAAGUAGAUGUACUCAAGGCAUCGCCCGACACUGUACUCGUCGCCGGGGCCGUCUUGGCUGGGCUUGGAGAAGCAGCACAACCGUUGAAGGCUGUUAAUAACUUGUGCAACCGCCUUGUCAGUGAGAUUUCCGGUGCUGCUCUUGGGUCAGAGAAGGCCCGUGUCUCUCUUGCGUUGGUUAUUAUUUGUGGCCAAGUGUACGAGCAGGGUGAGCUGCCGGUGGCAAACAACCGGAUAGUUUUCGCGGUAAGGCAGCUUACAUCAUGGCUUGAUGAACCUGAGAACGUGAGUGCAUCUGAUUCUGCCCAAAUCUGCCGUGCGCUGGACCAGCUCCUCCCAUGCAUGAAGGAUGUCUAUGGGUCAUACUGGGAAAAGACAAUCGAAUUCUGUGUUACACUGUGGGCGAAGGCUGGGGGUUACCCUCUAUCCGAAGCCCUGCCCUUCAUCCACUCCUCCCUCAAGUUGAUGAAGACCCUCAAGACACUCCCGGAACCCAACGAUGAUCUUGAAGAUGCAUUGAAAGAAUUCGCCGAGCAAGCAUCUACAGGCCUCGUUGAACUCCUCAAGCUCGACAGGGACACCAACACCCAGCCUCUCGAGGUUGUAGAUGGGAUGAUAUGCCGCGAGAUGGAGAAGCUUCCUAUCCGACUCAUCCCCGACCUAUCUGAAAUAUAUCCCUUGAUCGCGUCCGAUUCGCGCGAUAUCCAGACGGCAGGGUUCAAUAUCUUACAUAGAGUGAUCCCAUCACAACAAGAGCAGCAGUCGGUUAAUAUCCUCUUGGACAAGACAGAUGCACGAUUGCCGGACGAACUGCUCUCGCUUCUACUUGAUGCGCCUACCCUGGAAAAAUAUUCAGACGAAACGCUCUCGCAGUUCCCCCCAUCCUUGCGCACGUACCUCUUGGCGUGGAAGCUCGUGUUUGACACCUUUGAAUCCUCAUCAUUCAAAAUCCGGACCGACUUCACUGAGCACCUCAAGGUUGAGGGCUGCUCGAUCCCGCUGUAUGAGUUCAUGUUUGACGUCCUCGGCCACUCUGCUGCGCACGCCAUCAAACUCGACAAGGUCAAGAUUGAGGACGAGCACAUCCGAGACUACGAUAUCAAGAUUGCGGAGGCGGAGGAUGGAGAGAAGAACAUGCAGUGGCUGCUUGUCCACCUGUUCUACCUGACGCUCAAAUACACACCUGGACUCUUCCGUGCAUGGUACCUCGACUGCCGCUCAAAGCAGACAAAGAUUGCCGUGGAGGCAUGGACUACCAAGUACUUCUCCCCGCUCAUCAUCGAGAACGUACUCGAGGAGGUGCAGAACUGGGCAGAGAACCAGGAAGCCCCUGGCCCAGACGAGCAGGAGCUGCUCGUCAAGGUAUCGAAACCAGCCAGAGAAGUCACCGCGGGCUACGAGGUCGACGAGUCGCAGGCGGCGAUCGUCAUCAAGGUGCCGCCCAGCUACCCCAUCGACAGCGUCACGGUGUCGAGCCUCAGCCGCGUGGCCGUGACGGAGCGCAAGUGGCAGGGGUGGAUCAUGACCACGCAGGGCGUCAUCACCUUCUCCAACGGCAACAUCAUCGACGGCCUGCAGGUGUUCAAGCGGAACAUCAUCGGGGCGCUCAAGGGCCAGGGCGAGUGCGCCAUCUGCUACAGCAUCAUCUCGACGGACAAGCGCAUGCCCGACAAGCGGUGCACGACCUGCAAGAACCUCUUCCACCGCACCUGUCUGUACAAGUGGUUCCAGAGCAGUAACCAGAAUACCUGCCCGCUGUGCAGGAACCCCAUCGACUACCUCGGGGCGGAUACGGCGAAGAGGAGGCAGGUU